CUCUGAACGUCGGCACUGAACAUUUUCUUGAGCGUGGUUUCCUAUAAAAGCGCGGCUCUUUCACAUCUCACCUCUGAAACAACUACGAAGCAGUUUCCUUCCAAAAUCGACCUUCUUGCCUCAUAUUUAAAGAUCGUUCUUCUCCGUCUGCGUACCAUCUUCAACACACCCCUCGACAUCUUCCCUCGCUCCAGUACCUUAUCGUUCGUUGAACAACAGGAAUUGUCUAAUUCUUGUCACUGCCCUAGUUGGUCACUUCCAUCGAAAUUUCUUGCUUCUCUCACCUUUGCCUCUGAGUCAACCCUGGCCUCUCAAAGCUAUGAAGUGCCAUGAGACCGAUUCAGAUCUGGCAGCCGAAGUUACUGUUAAGUGUGGUGACAAUCCCUCUGAAGAGUAUGGUUUCUGGAAGGACGAGGACGACGACAGUCUCUGUUGCUGGAUUCCUGUGGUCGAAGGAGAAACAAUCUCGAUCCAUACCUCACUGAAGGGAUUUUUCAGCAAAGGCCAUGUUGACCUCGCCAUCGACGGGAUCUUUCGCAACACCAAGGAAUCGUAUACCAAGAAAACUAGGACGAAGCGAGUUGAGCACUUCGAUACUGUGUACCACAAGGAAGGCCGAACGGUCAAGAAGUCAUUGAUGCGUAUCAAGGCUCUUGAGGAGACUAGCACUCCUAGUGGCAACCAAGAUGUGGGCAUCAUAGAAGUGCUCCUACAUGCCAUUCAGGCGGAUGACCAAGCCACAAGCCUCAAUGUCGUUGAUACCUUCAGCGAGAUGGGUAACUGGCGCGAGGGGAACAAGAGGCCCGGUGUCCACGCUCUCGUGCCCGACUUCGAGAUCGAGAUGAUUGACUCAGAUGAGCCUGUGAUCAAGUCAGGCGCAGCUCAUCGCAUCGUGAGCUUGAUGAAGAGGAAGCGUCCUGGUAGCUCGCCAUGGGCGAUUAUGAAGUUUUUCUAUCGAUCCAAAGGUAAGUUGUUUCCGGCUCGGAAUGCGCAAUCGGUCACUCUACUUCACAGUGAUUCAGUAGCUAACCUCUAUCCAGCCGCCAUCGUCGCCAAAAAAAUUUCUUCUGCGCCAAAGUCUUCACACGCUCUCCCGCAACGCCCCAGAAACGGCACCAAUACCUCUGCUCUGUCGCAGUUCAGUCGUGAAGCUUCGUCCAGCAUCGCUGACUCCCUUGCUUCGCCCUCACCUCGCCAUCCACUACCUUCGCGCGCCACCACUGUAGAUUCUUUCACAGAAAAGUCUGCGAACCCAAGUGAACCAACAUACACUCCACGAUCUUCGCCCCAGCGCCUUCUUUGCCCCGCACCCUCAUCUGACGGCAACACACUGCCGAAGGACGAGGGAAUCCGAGCAGAUCCUCCUGCCUUCAAGCUGCCUGGACUUACUCUCCAUACCACAAUGGAUCGCAAGAGCAUCACCGACACAACUUUGAAGACAGUUCCCGAAGAGCUAGAGCAGCAGCCAGAAGAGUUUCACAUGCAGUUAAAGGCCGUCACAAAAGAAGACCAAAGCGAGAUCAACACACGAGCCAACAACGAAGUCACUGCCACUGACCAUGCGUCAACAGUCCCCGAGAGUGUCUUUAGUCGCCUUGCACGGUCGUCUAGUGAAGGUCGGAAGUUGCACAUUCAGAUGAACGAAAGCAGUCAGGUGAACGCAGACGACGGCACUCACGCCUUACACCAAGGGAUUCCGCGGUCUUCUCCGACGUUAGAUGGUAGCGAAUUAGCUGAAAAGAGGCAAAACGAUUGCUCUAUCCCGGAGGAAACCGCACGCUUGGACAGUCCCUUCGUUCCCAUCGUUGAAUCCGUUGAGAACAGUAGAGAGGUCAGGGUUAUAACGACAGACGAUGAAAUUGCAGAGAAAAAGGUGGCAGUCAAGGGUGACACUGAGGUAGACAUGGAGAGUUCGGCAACUGACGACCUGGUCAGCAAGGAUAAAAACGUCAUCAAGACCUCAGAGCGUGUCCAUACAGACUCCGAACAGUUGGAAGAAGAGCUACUGAAGGGGGACGGCAUCCCUUCGAGCUCAAACAAGCGCACCGCUACGUCCACUCCAUCCUGUAGUAAGGAUGGCAAGCGUCAAAAGCUCGAUACCGGCACUGACACUGCCAAAAUGUCUGUCACUCAGCUCCAACAAUUGCUUACACAGAAGAAGCGCAAGAGGGCCGAGGUGCAGCUCAGAGUCCAAGAAGGACAGCGGAAGAAGCGUGAGGCCAACGAACGCCUGCAGACCGCGUUACGCAAGCAGCUGGAAGACGUGGAGAGGGAAACCGAAGACCUUGAGAAUCUGGCGAUGGACGAUGAGGAGGCUUGUCUGCAGGAUGAGCAGGCAUUGAAGGAUUUGGAGAAUUAG